AUGAUGGAUGAGCUUGCAAGUACAGCUUUUGCAGUCUUGAUUGUGAUUGCGUCUGUUUUCUUGUAUUCUUGGAUAUUCAAAAAACCAAGUAAAGAAUCGGCCUUGCUCCCACCAGGGCCUAGAGGUUUGCCAAUUCUUGGAUAUUUACCGUUUCUGCGCCCAAACUUGCACCAACAGUUCACAGAAUUGGCUGGGCGCUACGGCCCAAUCUACCAGCUAUGGCUUGGAAAGAAACUAUGUUUCGUUAUCAAUUCACCAGGCCUGAUUAAAGAAGUGGUUCGAGAUCAAGACACGAUGUUAGCCAACCACGACGCACCUGUCGCAGCAUUGAUUGCAACUUACGGUGGACUGAGUGUUGCUUGGUCGCCCUACGGCCCGUAUUGGCGAGAUAUGCGGAAAUUAUUCGUACGAGAAUUGCUGAGUAACAAUAAUCUUGAGGCUUCUUGCAACCUGCGAACAGAGGAGGUCAGAAAGGCUAUCGGAAAUUUGUACUCAAAGAUUGGCACCAGCAUAGAUAUUGGGGAGUUGGCUUUUGUUACUGAACUCAACGUUGUACUGAAAUUGUUGUGGGGCGGCACAAUUGACGGAGACAAGCAGGAUGAAGUUGGCGUCGAGUUACGCAAAGUAGCAUCCAAAAUGAUUCAUUUGAUUGGACAACCAAACAUUUCUGAUUUUUUUCCAGUUCUUGCCAGGUUUGACAUUCAAGGAAUAGCGAAAGCGACGAAGAAUUUUUUGCCACAUAUUGACCGGAUUCUUGACAACGUCAUAAAUGAACGUAUGAAGAUGAAUUCUGAUGGAGGUGAAGGAGAUAACAAAAGGAAGGACUUUCUGCAAAUUCUUCUACAGCUAAAGGAGAAGAAUACCUCAAUUAGCCUGAUACAAAUAAAGUCCAUAUUGAUGGACAUUGUUGUAGGGGGGACGGACACUACAGCAAUAACAGUCGAGUGGGUAAUGACGGAGAUUUUGCGGAAUCCAGAUGCAAUGAAAAGGGUGCAACAAGAAUUAACAAAUGUUGUCGGGAUAAACAACUCUGUGGAAGAAUUCCAUGUAUCGAAACUACAGUAUCUUGAUGCAGUUGUGAAAGAAACAUUCCGACUACAUCCUCCACUUCCCCUGUUGAUCCCAAGAAUAUCGAGCCAAUCUUGCAUGGUCGGGGGAUAUACUAUACCAAAGGGUUCUCGUGUCUUUCUGAAUACAUGGUCGGCGCAAAUGGAUCCACAGAUUUGGGAAAACCCAUCGGAAUUUAGGCCGGAGAGAUUUUUGAAUGUCGACAGUGGCAAAGUAUGUGACUAUUUGGGAAACAGCUUUGAAUAUCUUCCAUUUGGAUCAGGAAGAAGGAUAUGUCCCGGCCUUCAUCUAGCAGAGAAAAUGGUAAUGUACGUCCUAGCCUCGCUCCUGCAUUCAUUUGAUUGGAAAAUACCGGAGGGCAAAAAUCUUGACGCCUCAGGGACAUUUGGAAUUCUCAUGAGGAAAACCGAACCAUUAUUUGCUAUUCCGUCUCCGAGAUCGUCUAAUUUGAGUCUUUAUGCAUAA